UACGGCUCAAAUCCAAGUGCGACCCCCAGUGAAGAGGUAAGUCUCAUUGGCUGGAGACAUUUCAUUCACACAAAUAUGUCUCCGGUAGAAUGCUUCAUCUGAACGAACCCAAUCCACAGUAUCAUUAACAACAUCGAAAUCAUGGCAAGCAACAAAAAGAUCCUCGUUACUGGCGCGACGGGUCAACAAGGAGGUGCUGUGAUCAAAGCCUUGCAAGAAAGCUCACCAUCCUUCCAGAUCCUCGCCCUGACCCGUACUGCUUCUUCGAAUGGAGCAAAAGCUCUAGCCACCAAACCAAACAUCACCGUUGUUCAAGGCGACCACAAGACGCUUCCCGCAAUUUUCGAAAAGCACAAACCCAUCUACGGCGUGUUCUCGGUGACGGUGAUGGGAAAAGAAGCCGAAGAAGAUCAAGCCAAGCCGUUAAUCGACGAAUCCAUUAAGAAUGGAGUCGAACAAUUUGUCUUCUCUUCUGUCGAUAGGGGAGGAGACAAGAGUGACACGAAUCCUACGGACAUCCCACAUUUCGCUUCGAAGCACAGAAUUGAGCAAUACUUGAAGGAGAGAACGGAGAAUGGAAAGAAGAUGCCAUAUACAAUACUAAGACCCGUGGCAUUCAUGGACAACCUGUCUCCCGGUUUUUAUGGCAAGACGUUUAUCGGCAUGGUGGGAAGUCUUGGGGCGAAACCUCUACAGCUCAUCUCAUGUCGCGACAUUGGUCUCUUCACUGCAAGGGCUUUCCAAGAUCCGGCUUCAUACAAGGGCAGAAGCAUCUCUUUAGCAGGAGACGAAAUGACUGCCGACCAAAUCAGGACCGUGUUCAAGGAGACCAUAGGAUCUGAUAUUCCCGAGACAUUCUCUUUCAUCGCGCCAACCGUCCAGUACAUGGUCAAAGAAGUUGGCACCAUGUUCAAGUGGUUCAAAGAGGAGGGGUACGGAGUUGAUAUCGCGGCACUGAGAAAGGAAGAGCCUCGCUUGCAAACUUUUGGCCAAUGGCUGAAGGAAAGCAGCAAGUUUUCGAAGUGAGCGAGAAUUUUAUAGAUGGCGAGUUUUAUCACACCUUGAGGAUUGCAUCAUACUGGUUUUGCCCCUCAUAAGUUGUUUCUCGAUGGCUACAGUGCCAAUGAAGUUAGUAUGUACUUACAAAUCUCAUUCACGGACUGCAUCCGUUCAAGUCUUGGACUUUGAUACAUGCUCGUGAUCCUCCUUGAUGCGAGGCAUCGAUGGAGCUGUUGAAUACAUGUCGACAUGGUCGUGUCAUCAAGCAAAUUUUGUGAACAUAUCUCUUUCCAUCUUAAUGUCUUCUUCAAAUUGACUGCAUAUGUU